AUGACCGCUCAGAAGUUUCGGAUCCGGCGCAACAAGGGGAGAUGGACGUCAGAGGAACACCACGCUUUUCUGCGCGGGGUCCGCCGCUUCAAGCGCAACAAUUGGGUGGGCAUAGCCACCCUGCUGCCCACUCGUACCGUACUGCAGAUCAGGACGCACGCCCAGAAGUACUACGCCAAGGUCGACAAGGGGGAGCCAUUCCCAGACGAGGUUUGA